CGCUGACCAACCAUUCAACAAACAUGUUUCGAGUACCGGAAAGCUCAUGACAUCUAAAGCAAGCAGAGCUGAGCGAAAGGCCGCUCGCUACUUGGGGCCAGUGGUCGGGAAGAAUGUACCGCGGAAAGGACCGCAGGGUGGCGACGAAGGCGAUUCUCGGUCUGAAGAACACGCUCCCACUUCAUCUCAUUCAGUUGAUUUUGAUUGCUUCGAUGAUGACGAGGCAGGAGAGCCAUGCGCUGGACAUAGCGAAGGUGGCAUUGCGCUCCGAAUGAAAGAGAGUAUCCCUGCAAGCCACGAAGCCAUUCUUGCUGACCGCGAGGCUAUGAGCACAUAUCGCAAUAGUAAGGAGUCAAUACUAUUGCAGCUCCCAGCCGAAAUCAGACGGCAGAUAUGGGAAAUGGCUUUCGGAUAUCGUACCGUGCACCCGAGGGCUAUGCGUGGUAAAAUGAACUGGCAAGCACAGCGAAGGCGGCUCCAGGCUUCGAAAUGGGGUGUCUCCUACGACCCGUGCUCGGAGAAGUUGUCGGAUUAUGAGCUGUACGAUCUGAGCUUGCAAGAUCCGGAAGCCGACCGUUGGCCCAAUGGUAUGCAUCCCGAUUUAGGAGCGCCCGGUUGGCACGACUGCGAUUCUCACAACAAACCGAGGAAACACCACUACUUGGUUCCACCGGUGUGUAAACAAGUAUGGACAGAAGCUUCAGAAUGCGCUUGGGAGACAGUCACUUUUGCUUUCACGACUUCCGGCGACUUCCAGCACUUUGCACGCUUCUCGGGCGCUCGACUGGACAAGGUUCGCCAAAUCUGCCUCAUAAGCCCUGGAAUGGACUUCUUUGGUGGACACGAGAUGUCCGAAAAGAGUAAAUUUGAAAGAGGUUGGGAGCGAGCGUUGAGGUCGGGCGUCAUGGACGAAUUUACUUCGCUGGUCGGUGUGCAUUUGAUUAUCCGUUCGUUUUGGGGUACCUCUCAAUGGGGCACAAGUACUGUCGAGAAGCUUGAUUUUCCUCCAGACGAGUGCUUGUAUCUUCCGGAAAUUAUACGUGUCUUUCGGCAAAUUCAACUUCGUCCGGAACGGGUUACCGUGCUGGUCACCAACGACCGGGCAGAUGAGCCUUAUGGGUACGAGGAGUUCACGGUCCCCAAAAGACGACUGAUGGCGCAGACCAUUCGCGAUUUCAUCUUGGAGGAAGACACGCUUCGCGACUGGACUGGGCCGGGGCAGAUGAUGAUGAUGAAUUGUUCUUGAUACUGGGCUUGCACUCGUUUACUUUAUUAUAGUUACAUUCCAUAUAUUGAGAAUGACUCCAAUAACAGACAGGUUGAAAC